UUGAUUAGGUGUAUAGGGGGCAGCACGGCCAAAUGCCGUGGGAGUCCGUUCAGUUAACCAAAGUCGGUCGAUCCGAACAGUCGGUGGAGGAAACUUUACAUACCAAGCGAACGAGAACCAUGAGGGGCCUCAACCUAAUAAUCGCUGUGAUAACGACCCUCGUUUUCAGCCAGCUGGACACCAGCUUGGCCAUACAAUGUUUUAACUGCACUUCGACGGAAAAUGAAAACUGCAUAACGAAUGCAAGUGGCCAAAGCACUGUGGAUUGCCCCAAUGGCAAUUGCUUUACCUCCACGGAUGGUAAGGGAACGGUCACCCGUGGCUGCUUCGCUAGCGAAACCACCUGUACCGAAACCAAUUGUCAGACUUGCAAUGGGGACAAAUGCAACACGAAUGCCGUCUGCUACAAUUGCACCGGCGACUCAUGCAACACCGUGGCGGCCGCCAUGCUCUCGGCCUGUGCCACCGAUAGCUCCAAGUGCUUCACCACCGGCACGAGUGCCACCAACAUGACCCGUGGCUGCACCGCAGACACUUCGCUAGCGUACAAGUGUCCGGCUGACACCACGGACACCAGCUGCGCCAUCUGCGAUGCGAGUCAGUGCAACAAGGUGACCUACCAGCGGACAGAGGGAUCCUGCAUCACGUGCACCGACUGUGCCGGAUCUCAGGACACCAGCAAGGCGGCGGCAUGCACGCUCCUUUACAACCAGGCCUCCUCCGGCUGUUACACCACCACGGCGGGCGCCCGCGGAUGCCUGGGCAGUCUGGAGGGUGGCUGCACGGAUGCCACCACAUGCACGUCCUGCACCGGAGACAAUUGCAACACUGCCGGCCAGGAGUUCCAGUGCCUCGCAUGCUUGACGAGCGAGGUGUCCGGCUGCUGGAGCGGCACAGGAACGGACAUACCAAAAGUGGCCUGUCCCAACGGGACCUGCUUCAGCGGAAUUUGGAAUGGCCUUGGGGUCCGCGACUGCCUGACCGCUGGCAGUGAACUGAUGCAAUAUCAGUGCGAGAAUAAGGUGCAGCCUUAUGGGUGUGAAACCUGCAAGACUUCACUUUGCAACAAUGUAAAGUUGAAUGGAGCCAGCUCCCUCAGUCAGAUGGGCGUGGUCGGUCUGUUCCUGGGCCUGUUGGUCGUCCUGCGGAGUGCCUAAAUUGGAUAGGAUAAAUCCAAACACCAUUGUCAGAUCUAUGAUCAGAUCAAUAACAAAAUAAUACUAAUUUCGAAGUUAGUGAAACCAAAUAAACAAUAAAUAAUCUAUACUAUA